AUGUCUCGUGUAGAAAGUAAUGAUAUCAGUUCGCUAUAUCCACCACCUCCACCGUAUAUGAAGUUCUUUACUAAUGAGAACUUGGAGAAGUUGGCUCAAAAUAAACAAGAAAAGGGGUCAGAGGAAACUAAGGAACCUUCUGAAGAGGUAGGUAGAACAAUUGAAGAAACCAUAACUAGCGAAUUGGACUUUUUGUCGCCACCACCAAUGCCAUCUACCCAUCAAUACAGAGCAUUUGGUAGUGUUUGGCAAGUGAAGGAUGAAUUACCUGAUUUGGAGACUCUGGGAAUAACACGUCUAUACAAAAAAUCAGAUAGCGAUACUAAUGGAGAUGUUCCAACAAGUUACCAGUAUAAGACUCAGGAAUUACGUAAACUAUUGAAAUCACUGCUAUUAAAUUAUUUAGAAUUGGUAGGUGUUUUAAGUAUAAAUCCGGAAUUAUAUGAACCAAAGAUGGAAAAUAUUCGUACAAUCCUGACUAAUAUUCAUCACCUCUUGAACGAAUAUAGACCACAUCAAUCUCGUGAAUCUUUAAUCAUGUUGCUAGAAGAACAAUUGGAACAUAAAAAAUCCGAGAUCCAACAUAUUCAUGAAGUUUGUCGCCAAGUGCAAAAGCAUCUAGACUCUAUCCAACAAAGCAUAUAA